UGCCUAGGAGACUUGGUUUGAGUCCACUUCUGCCCCCCUGUGGGUAAACUGAACACCGCACAGUCGUUAGCAACCUGCCCCCUGAGAUAAGAUUACUCAUUAACCUCGUCUUCUCAGUCACUCAGGACACCGGUGAAGUCGCACGGUACUCUCACUGAGGCAUGCUACCGCUCAGCCGUCGCAUCUUAGCAUGGCAGACUGUAACCACUGCACGCACGAGCGGGCUUUAUCCGUAGAGGACGACGUUACGGUGGCGUUUUACAAAGUUGACAGCCAUGACAAAAACAGCGCCUACGACCGACAAGAGCCUGGCACAAACGACCGGGCACCAGAGAGGAUUCAUCUGCGGAGCAAGGGCCGAGCUUCGUGCGAGUAUGAUGAAGAUGAUGAUGAUGAUGAUGAUGAGCAACUGGAGGGCGAGAGAGGAAGGGGAAAUUCACUGGAAAGCAGCGGCGAGGAGAAAACGUUGUGCCCACCGGCGUUUUGCGUCAGAAACAAGUCCCCAUCUUCAGAAGGCCCAGAGAAACCAAAUAGUUGCCCAGGUCUUGGCUUGUUCUAUGCUUUCCUGUCCACAGUUUUCUUCUCCAUUAUUACCCUCUUGGUGAAAACUGUAGAGGGAAUUCAUGCUAUAGAGAUCAGUGCCAUACGAUGCUUCUUUCAGAUGCUGUUUGUCGCACCAAUAAUCAUCUAUCACAAGACAGGUUUUCUUGGUCCCAGAGAUAAACGUUUAUUUUUGAUGCUUCGGGGUUUCCUUGGUUCCAAUGCCAUGAUCCUGCUCUUCUAUGCAGUUCAGCUGAUGCCGCUGGCAGAUGCCAUCGUUAUCACAUUCAGUAAUCCAGUCUUUACCUCCCUCUUGGCUUGGAUCUUCCUGAAGGAGAAAUGUACAAUCUGGGACUGUGUUUUCACUGUUUUUACCCUCACCGGAGUCAUCCUCAUCGCCCGACCGCCAUUUCUCUUCGGCGAGAAUGUUCAUGGCAUUGAGGGCGACUACACGAACCACAUCAAGGGGACCAUUGCUGCAUUUGGAGGAGCAAUUGGAGCUGCGUGUACAUUUGUUAUUCUUCGCAAGCUGGGCAAGAGUGUCCACUACUACGUCUCCGUGUGGUACUAUGCUGUCAUCGGGUUAAUCGAGUGCAUCAUCACCGUAUCCGUCCUGGGUGAAUGGAAAAUCCCAUUCUGUGGCCGUGACCGCUGGAUGCUGAUGUUGAUCGCCAUCCUGGGUAUCGCAGGCCAGACCUUCCUCAUAAAGGCUCUGCAGGUUGAGAAGGCCGGACCCGUAGCCCUGAUGAGAACUGUGGAUGUGGUGCUGGCGUUCAUCUUCCAGUUCAUUUUCUUUAGCCGCGCACCGACAUGGUGGAGCUUCGGCGGAGCGCUGUGCAUAGUGGUGAGCACCAGUGGAGUAGCAAUAAGGAAGUGGUAUAAUAGUUCCCGUAGGAACUGAUGAGCAGACGUAUCGUCAGUUUAAGUAUUGAUUACUAUUGAUUUUUUUUUUCUCUUUACCAUCAUAUGGUCUUAAUUUACUUCUUAUUUUACUUGUUAUUUAUAUGCAAACCUGAGUGGAAGUUUAAGCUCUUUAUAGAGUUAGAAGCAGAAAUAGAUCAGACCCAAUCUAAUAUGGGGCUGUUUUGGCUUGUGAUACACGUUGAUUCUAAGAGUCAACCUGUGCAAUUUAAUGCUUGUAUUUUUUUUUUUAAUUAAUCAACAGGUUUAGGUUUUUUUAAAGAAACGAGAAAAAAAGACUUCUCCUCAAAACUGUAUGCUGAUCCCUGGAACUUGUGUGUAUAUGUACACAGUAUAAAUACAAUGAAAGACAUCCCAUUUACUCCCCUUUUACUUUAACCUGAAUAAAAUACCCAAAGAGAGGAUAGCAUAACCAAAUUAUACUAAAACGUGUGCAAAUUUAGAUUUUUAUUAUGAUUUUACUCAAAAGAAAGAAAAAUGUUUGAAUCUGUUCAUGCUAAGACUACGACUAUGAUCGCUCUGCCAUCGACAAUGACAACAAAAGAACCACAAACUCAAGAAAAGCACUUUAAUGCAGUUAGUCACUACAAACAAUACAAUAAAUUCCAACACUGUCAUGCUGUACUAUUUUCUCAGGGAUUUCUCAGCAGGGUGUGAUGUUGGUUAGCACUCCUAGUGCUAGUCAGUGGACCACUUGUAUGUCCUCCCUGUGCAUUUUUCUCCAGGUUCCCUGUCUUCAACUUUGCAGCCCAACCUCUAGUUGUGCACUGUGCAAUAUUUAAAGUGCCUUAUGUAGGAAAGCUUUCCUUAAUAGAGCGGCUCAGUAACCAGUAGCGUGUCCUAAGAUGCUCUCAGAUAACUGUGCAAAUAGACAUGAAAAUGAAUAAGAAUUAGGGUGCUAAGAGAAUUUUGUACCUAAAACACUAAGCCCCACCCCCGCGAUAGGCUGCACUGUUUCUUUAUCAACAUAAGAGUCAGAUCCUGUCAUCACCUUGUGCCAUUUUAGCAGGCAAUUAGUGCAUAAUCAGUUCAAAAAUAUCUUUUCUGUGAUGCUCGAAGUGGGAUGUCAUUUGCGCUUUGUCUCUGCCAAAGGGCAGUGCAAGUGUGAGUAACCUGUCACAAUAAUUCAGCUGAUCAGCUGGUAAACAACUGCGCACAAAGAUCGCUUCAAGUAUCUUACAAUGAAAUCUUGCUCAUUUAUUUCAAGGAGGUAAAGCAGAAUAAUGAGAGGUAAAAGGGCAUAAUGAAGUGCAGUUUUGUUAAUAUAACCCUGCUCAUCAGACACCCUUCAUUACUCAGGUGAGUAGGACAAUAACAUUAGCUAAGGCUAAUGAUAGCCUUAGCAACUCAAUACUAGCAUCUAAGAUUCUGGAUGUUUACACUCGCCCUGUGAUUAUAAGUGGAUACACUGUAUCUUCAGUCCAGAGGCGUUCAGCCGGUGAAGCAGUUUUGGGAUUUUUAGUUGAUUUAUAAAAUUCCAGCAAAAGUUAUAGAGACUUUAAAUAUUUUAAGGCACAAAAAGCUUUUCUGCUAAAAGCAGUAGUUUGUUUUUUUCUUUCACACUCAAAGAGUGUUUUUGCUGCCUCUGAUGUAUGAUUUAUGUCUAGAAAUCUGGCUUUCCAGCACAACUGUCUCUAUGUUUUGUGUUUGUAUCUGGUAGAAAUUAUUUUGGUAUUUCUAACAUUUAACAACAAGUUUCCCAGUGGCACGACCAGUGAGGUCAUUUUCGCAACUGCAGUCCCGUAUUUGACACAGUUUAAUUGGGUCCAAUACAGCUGGAAAGGGAAAGCAAUUAGUGGUGCUAGACUGCUACGCUAUAUCCUGCGGUGUUGUCUUUGCUGUUUUUCACACUCUCCUCUUUCUGUUUUUUUUUUUUUUCCAACUUGUGGAGAACUGUGUCUGCAGCACAACUUGAACAGUCAACACCCGUUCCUGCUAUAAUUAUUCCUCUUAUGCAGUAAAUGUUAGUGUGCACACUGUUGCUUCUAUGCAAUGCGACAACUAUUUCCUUGUGUUGUAUAAGAAGUCCAGCUGGCUCAUGUUGGUCCUGUAGGACACGACACGGUGAGCUGUAGAAGACUAAAGCAACAUAAACUUUGUGUGCAAUAUAAAAAUGCAUUUUUAUCUACAGAAUUCGCAUUGGUUGAAGUAAAUCCCAGCCGUGCUCUGAGAUAAUAUGUAAAGAAGAAGCACUCAGUUUUAUUGCCAAAAUUAAUUACUGAUUCAAAAAAACAUAUUAGCUUGGAAAUUAGUUGUGUCACUCGUUUUUUUUUUUAAGGAACUAGUAGAAAAUAAAGGCACUGUGACAUUUGUCAGUUGUUCAUGCAUGUGACGGUCACAUCAAAUGUCCACAAGUUAAUUUUCUUAAGUGUGUUUUGGUUUUACAUUGAGUUUAUUAUUAUUAUUAUUAUUAUUAGUUUAAAUGACAUGAAUGCUGGUAGUGUGAGCACAAUGUGUUGUUUUUCAUCAGCUGGUAAGGUGAACAGUCUCAGGACCUACAAGCCUUAAAAACCUACUGAAGCUGUUUUUAUACUAUCAUUAUUAUUAUUAUUAUUAUCAUCAUUAUUAUUAUUAUUAUUUCUGCAAUGUUUUACAGAAGCUCAUAUGUAUGUAUUUCCACA